ACAGCCCAAUAUCAACACUGUCUCUUUGGGUUCAGAAGAAUUUGUAUAGCAAGACCCUCUCUGUGUGAGCACAAGCAGCCAUGAUUGUGCACUUGUUGCUGGAUCUGCUUGAUUUAAAGGGGUGGCUGAUUUUUCUGUGCGUUCUCCUCAUUGUGGUGGAUGUCAUCAGAAACAAGGACCCUCCAAACUAUCCGCCCGGACCCUGGCCUCUCCCAAUUGUUGGCAAUGUCUUCACAGGGCAGGAUUUCCAAACGAUGGACAAGCUUGCAGAGGAAUAUGGAGAGGUGUUCAGCCUGAGGUGGGGCAGUGAAAAGACAGUCUUUAUAUCUGGAUACAAGAUGGUGAAAGAGGCCCUGGUCACACAGCUGGACAGCUUUGCAGACCGGCCUGUUGUCCCUCUUUUCCACAAGGUCUUCAAAGGAAUCGGGAUCGCCUUAAGCAACGGGUACAUGUGGAGGGUGCAGAAGAAGUUUGCCUAUGCCCAUCUGAGGCACUUUGGGGAGGGCAAGAGGACACUGGAGCUGCACAUUCAGCAAGAGUGCCAGUACCUCUGCGACACCAUCAAGGAGGAGCGAGCUCCAUUUGAUCCUACGUUCACACUGAACAGUGCAACAGGAAAUGUGAUCUGUUCCGUCAUUUUUGGCCGUCGGUACGAGUACAACGAAGAGCGGUUCCUGAACUUCCUACGCAAGGAUGCUGAGGCGGUUAUCCUGGCAGGGAAUGCACAGGCACAGCUGUACAAUGCCUUUCCUGGGCUCUUCCAACAUCUGCCAGGGCCUCAUCAGACCAUGUUUUCCUGCUAUCAGGAGGUAACAGAUUUCCUGCGUCAGGAGAUCAUGAAGCACGUUGAGGACAGAGAUCCGUCAGAUCCGCGUGAUUUUGUGGAUGUCUACCUUGGUGAGGUCGAGAAGAGCACUGAUGGAGAGGCAGGCUUUAACCUGGAGACCCUGGUGGUGUGUACCCUGGACAUGGUAGAAGCAGGCAUAGAGACGGUGGCCACCACCCUUCGCUGGGGCUUGUACUAUAUGAUGAUGUACCCCGAGAUACAGGAAAAAGUCCAUGCUGAGAUUGACACUGUAAUUGGCCAAUCACGAUUGCCCAAUAUGACAGACAGACCCGACUGUCCAUACACUGAAGCUGUCAUUUAUGAAACACAAAGAUUGGGCAACGUGCUUCCACUCGGAUUUCCCAAAAUGGCCUCCAAAGAUACCACACUGGCUGGAUACUUCAUACCCAAGGGCACAGGAAUCACAGCAAACCUCUCUUCUGUGCUACAUGAUAAAAAUGAAUGGGAGACUCCUGACAUCUUUAACCCCCAACACUUCCUGGAUGCCGAGGGACGUUUCCGCAAGAGAGACGCCUUUCUGCCAUUUUCUGCAGGGAAGCGAGUGUGCCUGGGAGAGCAGCUGGCUCGUAUGGAGCUCUUCCUGAUGUUCGCCUCGCUCCUGCAGAGGUUCACCCUCUCCCCAGAGCCAGGGGUGGAACUCAGCCUGGAGGGAACGGUGGCCUUCACCUACUCACCUCCGCCCCACAAGAUCUGUGUCACGCCUCGCUGAUGCCACUCCUGUCCUGUGUGUGGGGUGUACAUUUAUUGCUGGCUCCCCCUACAAAAAGCCCACAAAUGCUUGUGCACUCGCACGCACACACGUGCGCACACACACACACACACACACACACACACACACACACACACACACACACACACACACACACACACACACACACACAAAGACAUUUUCAAGUGGACACGAAUGAAGACGCUGGAGAUCUUCAUCUUGAAAUACUGUAUAUAGAGAGCUUAACCCAUUGAUGCCUGAUGACUCGUAUUUGUUGUUGGGUGCCUGGAGCAACAUACACACUGCAUUCAGGCUCAUGAGAUUUUAGCUUUUUUAAUAAAAAUGUGGGUAUUUUACAUAUUCUAAUGCACGAUGGGGGUCUUUGGGUUUAAAUGCAACUUAUUUCAUGUUUUUAUUUGCAUCAGAGGCUGAGAUACUUAGGUUUUUAUAGGCUGACGGCAACUUUCCCAACAAGGGCUUCCCACCAAUUCGGGACCUCAGACCGACGUGCAAACUAGGUCCACUAGUUGGACAUCUAAUUAUGACCCCAUUAUUACAUCAAAUUGUAGUUGAACAUUUGGACGUCAGUAUACUGUAGGUCACUUUUUUGGACGUCUAAAACAGGUGCAGGGAAUUUACAUGAUAUAAGCAAUUUAUUCUACAAUUUCGUAGCCUUCAUUGACAA